AUGCUGCUAGAAUUGAGUGAUUUGCACACAGAAUGUGAUAUCGAUCAGGCCGAUGUAGGAGUCCCACGUGAGACCUUCCCCGAAGAUGAGUCCAGGAUGCGUGCGAUCCUGAAACGCCAUAGAAAUAUUUUCUUGGGUGAUGGAAAUGCUGCACCCGCUCCCGCCAGAGGAAUGGUAUAUGACCUUGAUGUAGGGGAGGCUAAACACAUCGCGUUGCGCCCAGGGUCGAUUGGACCGCACGUAGCAGUCAAGGUAUAUGAACUCCUCAAGAACCUACUCGAGAGCAAUUUGAUUGAACAUUUAGAAUCGCAAUGGGCAUCUCCGAUUGUGACCGUGCACAAGAAAAAUGGAGUGUACAUCAGGAUGUGUAUUGACUAUCGACUUGUGAAUAACUUCAUCCAGCUAUCUAGCUAUUCGCUACCUCUCAUUGACGACUUGUUGGUUGGUUUCGAGAAGGCACUCUGGUUCAUGAGUCUGGAUAUGGCCAACGGUUUCUGGGCAAUCAGGAUGACUGAAAGAGCCAAGCUUAUUUCAUCAUUUGUAUGCCCAUUUGGACAUUUUCAGUGGAUUCGAAUGCCGUUUGGUCUUAAAAAUGCACCUCUGAUCUACCAGCAAGUGAUCAAAAAUUGCCUGUGGGGCUUCGUGCGUCUGCCGCCAGAAGAGGAGGCUAAAGUAGACCAAGAAGUUUUGUAUUAUCUGAAUUUGGACCCCUAG